AAUCCAAAAGUCUAUGAUACUAAAUUAGUAAUCCAACUGGUGUAUGAAUCUUAAGGACAAGCAACCAUUAAAAUAUAGUUAGUGGUUCUUCUUGAAUUUCCUUUCAGCGCCCUGAGAGACACUUCAAAUAUGCUCCAAUAAUAAUAUAGUCAUUAUUAUUUUUCUGACAUGCCCCAUUGUAUGGUCCUUUAUAUUCAUGAUGAAAGAGGCGACUUGAAUGACAUUUGGAUUAAUAUGGAAGAGUAGCUGGAAGAAAGAAGAAAACCCCAUUUCCAGUUUCAAUGGGAAUCUGCAUAUCCUGCUCAGUUUCAGGUCAAAAGAUUCAAGAUGGCAAUGAAAAUGCAAUGUUCUUUGGAAAGAACAGUGGUUCUUUUGGGACUCAGAGCCUUGGUUCGCUUUAUUCUAAGGAAGGAAGCAAAGGACUAAACCAAGACAGUGCCAUUCUUUACCAGGGCUAUGGAGUUGGAGAUUCAUCUUUCUGUGGAGUAUUUGAUGGGCAUGGAAAGAAUGGUCACAUAGUGAGUGAGAUGGUGAAGAAUCACCUACCAGCACUACUACAGAGCCAAAUGGAAGCUCUUGAACAAGUCACUUUAGUAACACAAUCAGAUGGUGAACAAAAUCUUAACGACGAAACGGAUACUGAAUCAGAACCAAGCAAGAACUUUGAUGAGUGGGAAGAGGCACUGGUUAAUGCCUUCAAAGUAAUGGACAAGGAGAUUAAGCUCCAAGAAAAUUUGGACUGUUCUUGUAGUGGAAGCACUGCUGUCGUUGUCAUAAGACAGGGCGAGGACCUUUUUAUAGCUAACUUGGGUGACUCGAGAGCCAUCCUGGGAACAAUGACUGAGAAUGGAAUUGAAGGCAUUCAAUUAACCACUGAUCUAAAGCCUGGUUUACCAAAUGAAGCAGAACGAAUAAGAGCAUGCAAUGGUCGAGUGAUUGCACUAGAACACGAAAAACACAUCCAGAGAGUGUGGUUGCCCCAUGAAUUCCUUCCAGGCCUAGCCAUGUCGCGAGCUUUUGGGGACUUUGUACUCAAAGAUUAUGGCAUCAUUGCCGUCCCUGAUGUCUCCCAUCAUCGCCUGACCUCCGAAGAUCAGUUCAUUGUUCUUGCAACUGAUGGGGUAUGGGAUGUGCUUGGUAACAAUGAAGUUGCGUCUAUUGUGUGGGAAGCCGAGAGUGCAGAGGCAGCUGCUAGGACUGUGACUGAGACGGCUAGAGCCACAUGGAGCACAAAGUACCCAACUUCUAAGAUAGACGACUGCACUGUGGUUUGCCUGUUUUUCAGUUCAUUCUAAUGCCUGUAAAGAUUUUGAAGCAGUUGGCCUUUCUCUUUUCGUGUUGGGCAACGCCAUUUGAUCUAUAUACUGUAAUUCACACACAUUUCAACACAACACACUACUGCCAUAGUUUUGAAAAGACAACCUGACAAGACCUUGUUUAAAAAGCAAUUUCUAAUCAUUUGGUCAAUAAACCAUCAAAAUGCUCAGAUGCUCAGCAAGAAGACAACAUAUGCAGUUAUGCACCUUUAAGUUUUGAAUGAUUCAGAAUCCAUUCCACUAGAA